GAUUAUGUAUUGAAUAUUACUCAUCUGGAAACUACCAUCAUGUGACGUUUCACAGGGAAGUAAAUAGAAGUAUAAAUAGACCGGAUAGGUGAAAUCCGUCAUACUCAUAGUAAACAAGACGACGGCUAACAUGUGGGUUGAACUUGUAGCUCUGCUUAUGUUUUCAGCAGUAAUAACAAAUGCAUCAAAAUGUUGUUUGCCGUCACAAAUGGAAGGAUCUUUAGGAUUAUCGAUGGGAUAUCAGAUACAACAGAAAGGAUUUGGAACAGAGGCAUUAUUCCAACUGGCAUUUGACGUGAAAGGAAAAAGAAAGUCCAUGCUAGGAGAGGGACGAACUAACGGAAUACCAUUUAAGACUCACGAAAUAGACGAUUAUGCAGCGGGAAAGAAGUACACGGUGACAAAUGGCAAAUGCGUUGUUUCAGUCUUAAAAGUCGAAAUGGUAUCAUGCAUCCCAUCUGAUGCUAAGCUGCUGAUGUCAACCUUCGUGGGAUACGGUGACAAGAAAAUUGAUAUAGACAUGUACUCAUUCUCAUUUAACGGAGCUAAUAUUACCAUGUCUGUGACUAAAGAUAGCUGUGUACCUGUAUCGCAGCAUCUUAUUUUACCUGGUGUUUUUAUUGACCUUGGUUAUAUGGGAAUGACCAGUGGUAUCCGAAAUACAACCGUAUUUAAUAUUCCUAAGCCUUGUCAGCAGAUUGGAACUUUCGAGCAUCAACAAAAUGAUGUUGAGCACAUGGGACACAGAAGACACACUCCUUCGGUCUUUUAACAAACUAUGAGAACUGUCUGUGUAAGAAUUAUUUAAGUUUUGUACAUGUGGUUUCAGUUAAGAUAUUGAUAACGGUACUAUUUUCUUAAGAGGAUGAAGACAUGCUGCUAUUUGUUCUAAAAGUGGAGGCCCGAAAUAUUUCUAAAACACUAAUAGAUGUUAAUGACAGGAAAAACAUUUCUUGAAAGAUAUUUGGAUACUAUAUAUCAAUGCCAAAACAUAUUAUGCUAAGCAAAGUUUUAACAUUUUAUUAAAUGGUUUUACAUUGUGUGGUUGGACCUUUUUUUAAUGGCAAAUGUAUGUAUGUAAUCAACACAUCUGUCAGCUAUCUUAGUUCCUUUAAAGUUUGCAACUUACAUGUAUAUUAUUAAAAUGUAUCUUUAUGUAAGUAAUUAAAAUAUCUGUCUUCCA